CAUGCAUAUUCACGCGUGUACGCUUCCCGCGCGUUCAGACGCGCACCCGGUGCAGCCCGCCCCCGUGGCUGGGAGCACCCCAGGGGCGGAGGCGCUGCUCCCCUCCGCCCCCGCCCGGGGCUGGACGCCGAGGCGUGAAGAGGAGCCUCCCCGGCGAUAGGCGGGGGGGGGGGGGGGUGCUGAGGCGGGCCCGGGUCCUGCGCGGCUGCGGACCGGCCGCCCCAUGCGGUGCUCCGUCUCCCGCGGCCCCUCGCCGCCGCCCGUGCCGGGAUGGAGGCGCCCGGCUGCCGCUGGCGGCACCUCCCCGCCGUGCUGCUGUGGGUUAAUGGUCUAAUGACGCUUGGAUUUUCAGGUGCAUGUCAACAGACUAAUCUCUGCAAUGAAUCUCUCAUGUUAGAAAAGUUGCCUGCCUGUGGAAAAUCCUUUGAAGAGAUGAUGAAGAAAGUGGACUCUAAAAAAUGGUGCAACCUGACAGAAUUUAUCAUGUAUUAUGACAACUUCACCCAGUGCACCGAACGGGAAGCCAACAAUGCGAGUUGCUUUUGGCCAAACCCCCUCGCAGAGGGCUUUAUUGCUGGAAUUCAUAAACAGUUCUUUUCAAACUGUACUUCAGAAAAGGUUCACUGGGAAGAUCCACCAGAUGAAAUUCUCAUAACUCUGAUCUUGAUCCCAGUCACGUUGACGUGUGCCAUGAUAACGCUGGUAGUCUGGUGCAGCAAGAGAAGCGAUAUCCUGGUAUAAGCUGUUCCUCUGGGCUUUCUUUUCCUGCAUUUCCUUCUUCCAAAAACACUAAGAAAGAAAGAAAGAGGAAGAGAGAAAAUUGCCGUAAAGAUUUCAGAUCUGCUGAAGUGGAACCUGUGAGAUACCGAGGCAGAGACAAUGCUGCUGUGUACAAAGCGCUGCCUGCUGUUGCUACCGAAAGUCACUGCUGCUGGUCUUGGCCAUCGGUGUUGCUGGUGCAAAGCUCUCUGCUUCCUCUGGGUCUCAUCAUCACGGAAUUCACAGGCAGAAGCAGGAGAGUCUGCAGGCAAAUGGAUGCCAAAAGGGUUAAAGUUACUUUAUUGUGGGUAAAGCUGAUUGGUAAACUGAGUUUUGCAAAACUGUAUGUAAGUGUAUGUACACAUGGUGUAACACCGACUGCAGGGGAGAUGAUAUCGCUUGAGUUUUUGUGCAGGACACUUGGGGUUUUCAUCUGUGAACCCUGUGACUUGGAUAGAAGGUCACUGGCAAAGGAACUGAACACGGAUGUAACCAAGUGGCAGCUUUUCCUAGAAGCUAGUCAAAAACAUCAUUAUCAAGAACUGGAAGUAUUGUCCUGGCAAAGGAACAAUUUAUGUGUCCAGUGACUAUCCCCAUGGGGAAAUUAACAUGCCACAUUAUAAAAUAGUUUAUAAAAUGCUCUUAAGCAUGGCUACUUGUAAUUGUAUGGCUUACAAACAAACUCUGGGAAGAUAUGCAGGUCUUAUUUUACAGAGCUGGAAAAUAUGAGGGGAAAAUUGUUGAUUAUAAAUAUACUAAGGAGUAAUGAACAGACUUUCAUAUGCCAGACUUUAUUUUUCCUCUUUUAUAAUUAUUAUUCUUGAUGAUUUGUGUUCACUGUGUACUCCCCACUUUCACUUCACUCUGUGCAGGUGAUAUCCUACAAAUAAAUAUCAAGGUGUCAUGUUGAUUUAGGUGUCUUUCAGAGUAUAAUUUUGUAUAUAAAUAAUUAUUCAUCCCAUGAAGCAUGUGGGAACUAAAGUAUGAACAUAAAAUCUUGGAACAGGCAUAGGAGGAAAGAGGAAAAAUUCUACUCAGAAAUUUUAGUCUAUAAAACUAUUCCUAUGUAACAGUUUAAAUAAAGAUCAUAUGCUCAAAAUAAAAGAACUUGUAUGUUUGUGUUGUAAACCUUUCUUUCCUGUCAUUUCACAAAAUGCCUUUCAGCUGAAUGCUCUUCUGUUACAAGUGAGCAAUAUCUGUUACAAGGGACUCUUCAUUUUUCCAUACCUUAUGCACACAAAUAAAAUACAGGUUGGAUGGCCGAGU